ACAAAGUUGAAAAAGGAACUGAGAGCCCGUGACCGGCACGAUUACAGGUCCACGCGGCAAGCAAAUCCAAUGGCGCUCGAGUAAGAGCGAAACUCAAACCAAAACGAUCGCCACUCGGCCCUCAGCAAUUAUGAAAUUUCCACGUCCUCCCUCAAAAAGAGCCGACAUUGGACGCAUACCACUUCUCUUCUCUCCUCCAAUUAGCUAACAGAAGCUUUGAUUUCCAGGCGGUCACUAUGGCUAUGAGCGCACUGUUGCGACGGAACGCUAUGGUCGCUGUCGCGUCGGCGGCGCCAUCGUUCCACCGGCUAGCGAGGCUUGCUCUGCCCCGAUCCUACUCAACCGCCGGGGCACCCCAGCCUCAGCUCGACCCUGAGUACUGGGGUUACAGCGCCACCGGCAGCUACGGCGAGACUCGACGGGAUUCCGUUUGUCCGGUUCCGGUGGCUGAUACAGACAGCUCGGUUCAGCUGCGGGGAGUACAGUGGGCGUUCAUUGGAUGUCCGCUCGCCAAGAAGCGGGUGUACGCGCAGACCAUCUCAACUCUCAAGGCUUCUGCAAGUUCCUUACAUUUCAAUGGCGAUUCUCGUCAGCCAAGAGCUCAAUCCUCGCUCCUCUGUCUAUAGACAGAUUGCCAAUGCUGUGAAUCGUGGGGAAUGUGUUCCAGAGGACAUAAUUUUUGGACUGCUUUCUAAAAGGUUGGAAGAAGGAUACUACAGAGGUGAAACUGGUUUCGUUCUGGAUGGAAUUCCUCGUACCCGACUUCAAGCUGAAAUCCUUGAUGAACUUGUUGAAAUUGAUUUGGUUGUUAAUUUUAAAUGUUCUGAUGAGUACUUGGAAAAACAUCAAGAAGGGCCCUGGAAGGACAAGCUGAAAGAACACUUUGAACAGAGCAAGCCACUUGAAGCUUAUUACCAGAAGGAGAAAAGGCUUCUUGACUUCCAAGUGAGCACUGCACCAAGGGAUACUUGGCAAGGACUGUUGGCUGCGCUACACCUAGAGGAACUAAAUGCUGUACACUCUUCCAACAAGAAGCUCAUUGCUCCCCCUUUUCUGCGGUAGAAUCUCUCCCCAUAAACCCAUCUUUCGGAUGGAGGCAGGCACCAUAUGGUUUGUAAAUGCAAAGUAAUGUGUAUAGCAGCUAGUUAGCCACCGCAAACUCAAUUACGAGAUGGAAAUUUUGCUACUCAUCCACCUAUUCUACUAGCAACUACCAUAACCAGUUGUCAGUAUUCUCUUCACACUGUUAGUUACUCAAACUGCAUUAUGCCCUGUGAUGUUAACAGAAACUACUACUGAAUGGCAAGUUUGCAAAAGUUCGUUCGUUCAGCAAAACUGCAGAAAGUUGGUUGAGUAAGCGUUGAUUGGCUUCGCUUAUCUUUAUUAUUUAUAAUAAUUAUUAUGACUAAUACCAAAUGAUAACAGAGGGAUAAAAACUGAACAAAUACAAGAGGUAGUGUUGGUGCUAUUCCUGCCACGAGAAUAUCAAUAGAAAAGAGUUUAUUUAAAGAAGCAGCAAUUAUGAUACAAGAUCAGCAGGUCUCUGUUCAUCUGAAGUAGCUUGAACCUGAGCUGCAUACUGCAAGUUCCAUAGUAUGUCCUCAAAGGAGGGCCGGCAUGAUGCCGAUUCAGGACUGAUGCAUUUGUCUGUUAUGGAUAUCACAGUUGCCAAUGAUUCUUGUGAGGCAGUUGCAAGUACCGUUGGGUUUAUCAACUUUGCUCUGCUUUCUUGGCUGGUACAAGAUGCCAAUUUUUGUGCCAGGAACUCGUCCCUCUCCGCAGAUACCGAAUUGCUAGUAAGUGAUUGAAGGAGUAUGAACCCGAAGCCAUGGAUGUCGUCUUCAUCUUUCGACGUCUGCCUGCAGUUAAACAACAUUGAUAAAUGGGAGAACAGUUCAAUAUGUGUUUCAUAGAUCGCCUAUAAUGUGGUUCUAAAGUUCUUAGCAUGAGUUAAUUCAAAGGAAUCUUUACCAGGAA